GCGAAAAAGAAAGUUUUCGAUACACAAAUCGCAUCCGACAAAAAGAGCAAAUUUUCCCACGAAAACGGUUCGUGCGGUGUGAAAUGGACACUUCCAUGACCGCCGGGGACGAUCUGCUGGACGUGCCAAAUGGCGAUCCGGCAACCUACUGCCGACUGUGCACGUCGGAGGUGGAUGUGGAGGAACUGUUUCCGGACGGGCAAGGGAUCCGGCAGGAUGUGAUCGACCGAAUUCAGGAAUGUACCGGAAUUCAGAUUACCCUGGAGGACGACUAUCCGUCGGCGGUAUGCUGGAUGUGCUUGAUAUCGUUGGAAGAAUUCCAGUGGUUCCGAGAGCGGUGCCACCGGUAUGAUGUACUGAUACGUCGUAAGCGGAAGCAAGUGAGCCUCAAUGAAGAUCCAGUGGUAGUGGUGGCAGGUAAUCAUAGCUUCGAUGUAGUCAUGGAAGACGAUGAGGGGGAUUAUGAUGACGACGAUGAGGACGAGCCUGACGGGCCGGUAUUGAGAAUUUCCUCCGUUCAGGAAAAUGUUAGAACGAUCGAGGAGGAUAGUAUGUUGGAGAUUUCCGUAUAUCAACCGGCGGAGGAGGAGGAAGAGCAGCUAGAUGUGAAGCCAGAUUCGGAAAUGUUGGCGGCUUACGCCGCACAUUUCAUGGUCGGUGGAGACGGCCCGGAUGCACUGGAUGCUACGUCUACCUCGGAGGAAGCGGAGCGUCGGUUCAAGUGCAACCUAUGCAGCAAGACGUUCAAAAACCGAGCGAAUCUCUGGGAACACAAUCGAUUGCACACGGGAAACCUUCCGUUCUCGUGUAAAGAUUGUGGAACGACCUUUAGUCGGGUGAAAUCUCUGAUGGCCCACAAGCAAAGAUAUCACUCGAAGGAUUCGACCGAAGAUCCUCCGCUGAGAUUGCAGUGCAAAUUCUGUCCUCGUGUGUUCCCUCGCAAAGGCGACCGUACGCAGCACAUGAAAAUGGGUCAUCCGGAUUUGUACGAUCCAACUGAUAAGAUGGAGGCACCAACGCCGACACUCUCGAGCGGAAGGAACACUCCAGCUGCCAGCUUUGGUGCAGCUUCUUCUGCUGUGCAUGUCUUGCCGGAAAGGAAGGCCGUCGCCAUCAAGAAGUCACUUUCUUCAAGUACUCCAACGCCGAGUCCGUCAACAGCAAAUGAUUCCAAUAGCAACUGUACCAUUUGCAUGAAGAGCUUCCAAUCCGGACGGGAAAUGGAGGACCACGUGAGCAAUGAUCACCCGAAAGGCUCCAUUAUGCCGUGUCCUUUCUGUCCGAAGACGUUCAAAUCGAGGCAGACCAUUCGGAUGCACAUUCUCAAUCACCAGGGCAAAUUGCCGUACAAAUGCGACGAUUGUGAUGCGCGUUUCGAUCGAAAGUUCUAUCUGCAGAAGCACCGGGAACGCUACCACCAGGGAGACAACCAUUUAAUAUUGAAAUGCCGCUUCCGAUGCAAGUUCUGCCCUCGGCUAUUCCAGCGGAAGAUUGAUCGUAAAACUCACACCCGCAUGGUGCAUUUGAAAGAAAUCAGGAUCAAAAAAGAGAAGAUGGAUCCGGAAAUUGACGGUGAGGGGGAAGCUUCCGCAGCAACUCCAACAAAUCAAUCGCCACCAACCGAACUCAGCUUCGGUUGCCUCGUGUGUGGAAAGCAGUUUGCCUCAGCGGAAAAGCUUCGAAACCACACGAAUAUCCACCACGUAAAGAAAGACAUUAAACCCGUCUUGGCCAUGAAGGCCAAACAGGCAACCAUGCGGCCAUCGCUGAACGUUCGCCGGCCGUUCAAGUGUCCGUACUGUCCGAAGACGUUUGCCCAGAAGUACGUCAUGACAGAGCACACGUUCAUCCAUACGGGCUCGUUGCGCUACCCGUGCGACAAGUGCAUGGCCAUGUUCAACCGUCCGCACUACCUGCGGGCUCACCAGCUCAAGUAUCACGGAAAAGAUUCCAAAUUCAAAGCAAUCAAGUGUCGAUUCUGCACGAGGAGCUUCGUGCGCAAGCAGGACAUUAAGAUUCACGAACGGAUUGCUCACAACGUGCUCCAGGACGAUGGGACCGUUCAGCGGGAGAUCAUCGAAGCCUCACAAAACGGAAACGCUUCCGUGGCUGCGGAGGAGGGAGUUGACGAUGGUGGUGGUGAGGUAACAACGGGUACAACCGGAACGGCGGCUCCUUAUGUCGUCGAUGAAGAGCUGGAUGAUUUCGACGGCGAUGAUGACGACUAUGACGAUGGAGAGAAUGGAGACUACGUCGACACCCAUGAUUUGCCGGAAAAUCCGGAGAUUCGGGACGUGGUCGUAACACUGGAACGCAUCCCCGAGGACGUCCUGGAGACGCUCGACAAUUCCUACGACGAUUACGAAGAGGAGCAUCAGGCGGCAGAUGACGACGUGGAAGAGGCGGAAGAGGAACCCAACGGAGACGCCGAUUCGGCCAGCAAUCGCAGCACGGAGACACCACGUCUGAACAUGAGCCUAACGCUGCACCGGUGCCCCAAGUGUCACAAGGUGUUUAAGACUCGCAAAUCGCUCAAACAUCACAUGAUCUACCAUCAGAACCAGUUGCCAUUCUCGUGCGACGAGUGCGGUGUCCAGUUUCCUCGCAAUCGGCCACUUCAGGUUCACAAGCAGCGGUACCACUCGGAGGAUGCUCCGUACACGGGAGAGCGCUUCAGCUGCGAUUACUGUCCGAGGAUCUUCCUGCGGGAUCGCGACAAGCUGUUCCAUCAGAAAACCGUACACUCGCUGGAGCGUGCCAUUCGGGACGACGGCACUCCGGAACUUAAGAAAGCAAAGGUCAAGAGACGAAAAGAUUACGUUUGCUUGCACUGCUGCGAACGAUUCGAAACCGAAAAGUCCUGCCAGCGGCACAUCAACGUGGUUCAUCCGGAUGAAUCACCGGUAAAAACCCCUUGCGAUUCACCGAUUCCAGCGAUGCUGGUUACACCCAAGCUGGAACCUGAAGCGGAAUCAACCGCCAACGAUGAUGGUGAUGAUAUAAAACCAACCAUUCCACAACAAUAUCAAUCCCUGCCGCCACCUCCUCCACCGGCCAUCGGAAGACCGUACAAACUGUGCCGCUGUUCGACAUGCGUGGCCAUUUUCAAGAACCGCGAUCAAUGGGAUGAUCACUUCCAAACCCACCCGAACGUGCGACCGCACCACUGCGAGGAGUGUUUGCUGAAGCGCAAGAGCAAGAAUCGAAAAACAACCUCGGUGGGCUUCAAGUGUCAGCACUGCCCGAAGGUGUUCACCAAGGCCAAUACACUGCGGACGCAUCAGCGGUUGCACACGUCGGAGCUGAGGUUCCCGUGCGACGAGUGCGGCAUGAUGUACGACCGCUACCGGUUGCUGCAGGCCCACAAGGAUAAAUAUCAUUCGGAGGACUCGGUCCUGCAUCCCCCGCGGGAAACGUUCCGCUGUAUGUACUGCCCGAGGACAUUCAUGCGGCAGCGCGAUUGCAACUUCCACCAGGAAUCGGUGCAUGCGGUUUAGGCUGGUCGUUCUAACCGGGAUUAUUGUCUAUUACGAUUGAGAACAAAGCAACAUUUGGAAGUAUUUUUAGUAUUACUACCUACAACACUGAUCACAUUACGAAGCCAAGCAUAAAAUCACCCACUCACAAGCAUAUUUUGCAACCGGAGCAGAUUAUUAGGUUGAUAUAAUGUUUCUCUUCUUUACUAGGUUUAGUUUUUACUCCUAUGUUUUAGUACAUAUGACUUUAUUAUUAUUUUUUCAUAGCAUUGUGAUGGAACAGAAUUUCAUGAAACCAGACAUUACAUUUUAUACUCGUGACACAGCUAUUAGCUUCUUCCCUCCUGCAUAUACUAAAUACCUACUUAAUAAAAUUGAGUAAGAUCUGAUGCCGAUAUGUGCAACAACAAAA